AUGAGUGCACAGAAGGAGGAGGAGGAGGAGGAGGAGGAGGAAGAGGAGGUGGCCACGCGGCCAACCGUCGAGUGCCGUAACCCUGAAACUCAAGCGAAGGCUCUCGCCCUCGUCAUCAUCAUCAUCAUCACCGCGACCAACAUCUCCACCCGCCUCCUGCUGGUCGCCGUGGGCGACCGCGGCGGCGGCGGCGUGAAGCGCGGCGUGCAGCACAAAGCCCGCCGCCAGCAUUCACUGACGGCGCCUGGACCGAGAGGAGGGGGCGUCGCAGGGAGGAGACGCUACGGGAGCGUCGAGGUGAGGAGACGCUACGGGAGCGUCGUGGUGAGGAGACGCUACGGGAGCGUCGAGGUGAGGAGACGCUACGGGAGCGUCGAGGUGAGGAGACGCUACGGGAGCGUCGAGGUGAGGAGACGCUACGGGAGCGUCGAGGUGAGGAGACGCUACGGGAGCGUCGAGGUGAGGAGACGCUACGGGAGCGUCGUGGUGAGGAGACGCUACGGGAGCGUCGUGGUGAGGAGACGCUACGGGAGCGUCGUGGUGAGGAGACGCUACGGGAGCGUCGUGGUGAGGAGACGCUACGGGAGCGUCGUGGUGAGGAGACGCUACGGGAGCGUCGAGGUGAGGAGACGCUACGGGAGCGUCGAGGUGAGGAGACGCUACGGGAGCGUCGUGGUGAGGAGACGCUACGGGAGCGUCGAGGUGAGGAGACGCUACGGGAGCGUCGAGGUGAGGAGACGCUACGGGAGCGUCGUGGUGAGGAGACGCUACGGGAGUGUCGAGGUGAGGAGACGCUGCGGGAGCGUCGCAGGGAGGAGACGCUACGGGAGCGUCGUGGUGAGGAGACGCUACGGGAGCGUCGAGGUGAGGAGACGCUACGGGAGCGUCGUGGUGAGGAGACGCUACGGGAGCGUCGUGGUGAGGAGACGCUGCGGGAGCGUCGAGGUGAGGAGGCGGUGCGGGAGCGUCGCAACGGAGGAGAAGAACGGGAGCGUCGAGCGGAGGAGACGGUACGGGAGUGAGGUGUCGGGAGCGUCACCGAGAGGAGACGGUGCGGGAGUGAGGUGUCGGGAGCGUCACCGAGAGGAGACGUUUGGUGAAACUGUUUUCUACAACGCUGAUAGCACGUGUUGCACCUGGUCCGGUGUUGUCCUCGCUGAGCUCGCCGCUCUUCUCUCCGCAGGCUGUAAGUACAACCAGCUCAACAGCCACUUCCACUGCAUCCGCGAGGGCUGCCAGUUCUCCUUCCUACUGAAGCACCAGAUGACCUCGCACGCACGCAAGCACAUGCGCAGGAUGCUGGGGAAGAACUUUGACAGGGUCCCGUCCCAGGCCAUGUCCCUGGGAGGUCAGAGGUCGGAGGACAUGCAGCACCUGACCACCGGGCCGACGGGGGGCCAGCAGGCCGGCCUGAACUCGGGGUACGGGGGCCUCAUGGACGACACAGACGACUACAUGGACUACAUGGGCGGGGCCAGCCCCCUGGGGCUGUCCUCGGAGUCCUCCAAUCAGGACCGCAGCUGCUCCAGCACCCCGGUGGGGAACGAGGGGUCCCCCGCAGGUCCAGGCUGCGCCGUCACCACCGACCCUCUCUCCACCCCCGGCGACAAUACCGCCUCCCACAAUGCACCCCUUCCUCCCCCCCCUCCCCUCCACCUGCCCCCCCUCCCCCCUCGCUCCUCCCCGGCCCCCCACCUGCCAGCCCUGCUGCGGCCCCCCCUCUCCUCCCUGCCGUACCUCCUCUCUCCAUCCUGUCUGUCAUACUCUCUGCUCAGCGCCUCUCUGGGAGCCACUGUUGUCAUGCCAACCAACACCACGGCCUUCAGCCCCGUCAUUGCCACCCCGUCUCCGGUUAAAAACGACGUCCCCAUAGUGCAGGACGCCGCAGGCAACACCAUCUCCAUCCCGACGGCGACGGGCGCCAAGAAGCGCUUCUGGAUCAUCGAGGACAUGUCGCCGUACGGCAAGCGCAGCAAGACGGCGUCCUCGCGCAAGAUGCUGGACGAGGGCAUGAUGCUGGAGGGCUUCCGGCGGUACGACCUCUACGAGAACUGCAAGGACCUCAACUGCCAGUUCUCCCUGAAGGUCACCCACUACCACUGCACGCGCGAGAACUGCGGCUACAAGUUCUGCGGCCGCACGCACAUGUACAAGCACGCGCAGCACCACGACCGCGUGGACAACCUGGUGCUGGACGACUUCAAGCGCUUCAAGUCCACGCUCAGCUGCCACUUCCCCGACUGCCAGUUCUCGGGCAACAGCACGCACUUCCACUGCCUGCGCUGCGGCUUCAGGUGCACCGACAGCACCAAGGUGACGGCGCACCGCAAGCACCACGGCAAGCAGGACGUGAUCACCGCCGCCGGCUUCUGCCAGUUCAGCUCCAGCGCCGACUGCGAGGUCGCCGACUGCAAGUACAAGCUCAAGUGCUCGCACUUCCACUGCACCUUCCCCGAGUGCCGGCACACGGUGGUGGGCAUGUCCCAGAUGGACUCCCACAAGCGCAAGCACGAGAAGCAGGAGCGCGGCGGCGGAGAGCUCACGGCCUCGCCGGGGGGGCAGGAGGCGGGCCGCCACCACCACCACCACCACCCCCACCCUCAGCCCCACCACCCCCAGCACCAACAGCACCACCACCUCCACCAACACCCCCACCCCCACCCCCACCACGGGGGGCUGGGCGGGGGGCUGGGCGGGGGGCUGGGCGGGACGCCCCACGCCGCCACCUCCUCCUCCUCGUCUUCCGCCAUGGCGCUCUCGGGCCCCUCCCCCGCCGGCCUGCUCGGCCUGGUCCACGGGAGCAGCGCGGGCUCGCCCCUGAUGUACCCGCCCGUCAGCAUGGCGUCCGAGUACGGCCACGCCUACCUGCCGCCGCCGCCGGCCGUGAGCCUGGACGGCUCGCUGAACCUGGGCGCCGACGCCGCCGGCAGCUCGCUGUUCUUCCUGAAGAGCGCGGCGGCGGCGGGCCUGGGCCUCGGCGACUCGCUGGACCUCAGCAAGAAGAUGCACCACAGCUCGGCCAUCAUGGCCGCCGCCGCCGCCGCCGCCGGGAGCCACCACCACCACCAGCCCCGCCCCCAGCACCCCCACCCCCUCCCCCUCCACCACCACCUGCUCCACGGGGCGGAGCAGCAGCAGCCCCCGCAGGACGGCCCGGCCCGCGGGACGUCCGGCCACACGGAGGACGACCUCUCCCCCGAGGAGGGGGCCCCCGCCGGCGAGGAGGAAGAGGAGGAGGAGGACGAGGAGGAGGACGACGACGACGAGGAGGAGGAGGACGACGAGGAGGCGGAGGAGGACCUCAACACCGACUCGAAUGAAGACUCGAUGCCCGGGCCGGACGCAGGGAAGGACAACGGGGAACGCUUUCACGCUCCCGUCAACCACAGCGACACGCCCCAGGGGGAGGAGCCUGGGGCCACGCCCGCGGCCGCGCCCGGCCUCUAGGGAGGGGCGGGGCGCCGCGACGGCGUGCGUGUACACUAUGAACCAACAGACUCACUGAAGGGUGGGGCCUCAUUUAUCACGUCUAGGGACGCUCGGCGACGACAAAGGACACGCAACGCAACGGAAAGAAGACGGUAAUAAAUAAAAGAAAGACAAAAACAAGACGACACGGUGACGCGACGGCCCGAAAUGAUUUAUUAUGAUGUUUACAAGAUGACCAACAUUAUUAAUUCAAUUAUGCAUUAAAAGAUGAACGAAGACACCAAGAAUACGGCCCUCUGUCCCCCGAAGGUGGGGGCGGCAAUGAAUACAUUUUACUACUACAUCAGUCUUUCUGUGUGCGUGCAUGUGUGGCUUUAAGUUAUUUUAUUUCUUUGUUUUAUCGGUUCACUUUUUUGUGUGUGGAAAAAAAAUACUUAAGAAAAACAAGAAAAAACAACUCUCUCUAUAUAUAAAUAACUAUAUAUGUACGUAUGUGUCAGGAUGUUGAUAUACUAAAAGGAAGUUGGUGGUUUGUGCAGUCGACGCGUACUGCUGCGACCCGGCCCACAUUAUAGGGAAACUGAUCACUGAGGUGAAGCUUUAAAACAGAAUGUGCUCAAACGUUUGAUAGUUUUAUCUGUAUUAUUAUUAUUACUUCUAUGAUUAUUAUUAUGAUCCAUCGAGAGCCAGAGUUAAAACACUGCUCUGACCUCGCUCUCUCUCUCUCUCGCCCGUCACCAGUUGAAGGUGUUUUAUGUGUUCAUGACGUGGGCCGUUGGAAAUGGCCGUCGAACCCCGUUUGGCUAGUAGUCCGUCUGUUUAAUCUCUCUCUCUCUUUCACCUAGCACAACGAAAACAAGAACACCAACCUCUUGUGAUGUUCUCCCCCCUCCCCCCUCCCACCUCCACUGAGGAAUCCAGUUUGUUUAUCGAUAGUGCACUUUUAUAUUAGCCGGCUAUGAUGACGAUGAUGAUGAUGAUGAUGAUGAUUAUGAAUAGUGACGAUGAUCUUGGUGAUUAUGCUUAUGAGGUUGGAUAGAUGCUGAAAGAGAUAUUUAAAAAUAUUUUUGUUACCGUUUUGCAUCACUUGCGUUUUAAUUUGGCCGUGCGUCGUUGCCGUUGGUCUGAAGCAUAUCGGCUUUGUUUGAUUGUUUUUGUUUGUUGUUGUUUUGCGUUUGUUUUUUUGCGGGCGAGGUUGAGACUAAUGAGCUAGUGGCGGGAAAAACCGACGUGUGUGGAGUAAAAAAAAGAAUAGGCGAGAGUGUUUCAAAUGUACAGACUCAGACACCAUGCCUCCACAGAGAGGGUUUGUACCCUGCUCUUCACCAUGGCCGCGGUUCAGCUCCUUUGACGCUUUUUAUUUAAUAUUUAUGUGAUCUUCCAAUGAAAAAAAUUAGGGUGUUAUUGCACUUUUUUUUGGGGGGUUAUUUUCAUUUUUUUUCGUUUAAAAAACAUGACAUUUAUCUUUUAACAGGGACGUUUUGCUUUAAUUUGUUUGUUUUUAGUUUUAAGUUUGCUUUGAUGCACAAAAUAGAUGUUAGCGUGACAAAGUAGUUCUGUGAUUUAUUUAAAGACUGGUUUUAUUUACUUCUGUGAUCGGGGUUUUAGACGUGGAAAUGGCUUCGAUGGAAAAGGUGGAGCCUGUAAAAAAAAUAUAUACAACACUAAUGCAAACUGUGAUUUGAAUAUCAUUUGAAAGAUCGCUGCAAUGCUCAGAUACUGUAGGAUCGAAUUACAAAACUUGUCAAAGACACCCUUUGGUUUUGUACCGAGAAUGUUUAAGAAAGAGGAGUGGACAUUAUUAUAAAUUAUCUCCUGAACUUGGCAUUGGUAAAGAAAUCAUCGUACUAUAAGGGAAUAUGUGUGUAACUGAAAUUUCUCCCAAUAUUGUUUUGAGAAGAAAAAGGGUUGUACAGUAUUUUCCUCUGUAAAAAAAAAAACACAAAAAAACAAUAUAUGAUCAAAAUGCUCUUUGAUGAACAGCUUCAUUUAAAAAGAAAAAGGUAAAAA